CUGAGAGUGCCUUGGACCGCAAGAAGUCCAUCCUCCAGGAAAUAAUGCCCGGCUGCUCAGUGGAGGAAAGGAUACUAGGGGCAAAGAUGAAUUACUUUGGCCACAUCAUGAGAAGACAGGAAAACUUAGAGAAGAGAAUGAUGCUGGGGAAAAUGGAAGGAAAAAGGAAGAGGGGCCGACCAAGGGCAAGAUGGAUGGAUGGUAUCAAAGGGACUGGCUUGAACUUGAAGGAACUGGGGUGGCCAUGGCCGACAGGGAGCUCUGGUGUGGACUGAUCCAUGAGGUCACAAAGAGUCGAAAACGACUGAACGAGUGAGAGGACGACGACAAUAGAAUUGCAUUGCCGAAAAUUAAAUCCAUAAAAAGUUCAAUCCUUGGUGCCUAGAGACACAGCUGUGGUUCCAGGCGGCAGGAUAAUCCAGAACGUUGGAUAAGCGAAGGUUGGAUAAGUGAGACCCUACUGUAUUGCAUUUUCAAACUACUGUACUGUAAAUUGAUGGCAGUGUAGAUGAAGCCUGAGACAGGCGGAGUGUGAGCAGUUGCUCGCGUCGCCCAGUAGGUGGCGCUGUUGGGAAGCCUCUCCGCGGUCCUCUGCUGCUCUGCCGCCAUUAAGCGCCUUCCAGUGGAAAGGGGGAGCAAAAGCGAAUUAGGGGGUGACCUGUGCGAAAGGAUACUGGGGUGACACCGGUUUCUGCUAGCCCUGCGAAGGGAGCCUCUUUUGGGCAGCCGGGGCCGCCUUCUCCUGGGACUGGAGAGCCGGCCAGGGAGGUCUUCAUCUUGCAAUUCGAGGAUAUCCCCAUUUGUUUCCAGAGGCCUUGACUGCUUCGGUGCUUUUGUUACAAGGCUGAUUCCUAUGGCUCUGAACUAACUUCCCAGCAAGUCAGGAAAAGAUGGAGAGUUAUUGCAUUUCUAUCUAACAGCGGAAUUUAGGGAUCAGGGAAAGGGCUAAGCGUGAGGAUUUAAUUUGACACUAGGGGUUUCAAAUCCCAGAGUUGGGAUUAUAAAGACAGCCUGGACAUGGAACUUGAAACUGCGAGUCCAGAGCUCCCAGAUGGGCUGGAAGGACAAGGAAAACGACCUGGCAUGGUUCUUUCUGAAUCCCUGAAGGAGCGUCAGCGGUGGCGGGUGCCCAGGGAGCUCCGUCGGGAAACGUACAGAGGGGUGCACCAUCACUGGGAAAACCAGUGGCAGGAGUUCCUCGAGACCAUGCAUGCCUCUCCCAGGAUGCCGGAGAGCCCGGAGUUAGCUGAGUCCACCCCUUGGGACGACGCUAAGGGUUUCCUGACCUCUUUCGAGCAAGUGGCCAAAGCCUGCCAGUGGCCACGGGCGGAGUGGGUUGCCCGGCUUUUGCCCGCACUCAGUGGGAAAGCGGAGCAAGCCUUUCGGAGCUUGGAAGCCAGGGACAAGAAGGAUUAUGGGAAAGUGAAGGCUGCCAUCCUGAGAGCGGACGCCCUGAGGAUGGAGCUGCAGCGGCAACAUUUCAGGCAGUUCUGCUGCCAGAUGUCUGAAGAUCCCCGGCGGAUAUACAACCAGCUCCAGGAGCUUUGCUGCCGGUGGCUGAAGCCGGAGAGACGCAGCAAGGAGCAGAUCCUGGAGCUGCUGAUUCUGGAGCAAUUCCUGGCCAGCCUCCCACCGGAUCUCCAAGUCUGGAUCCGAGCCGGAGGGCCAGAUACCUGUUCCCAGGCCGUGGCCCUGGCAGAGGACUUCCUCAUGAGCCAGCAAGAGGAAGAGAGAGAGAGGUGGCAGGAGCCUGACCUUCCCAAGACUCCUCAGAGUACAGAAGGAGCUUCUUCAGACCUCGCUCAGAAACGGAUCCGUAAGGAAGCCAAGCAGAAGAGUAACGGGGAGAAUAGUUUCUUGGGUAAUGGACACCAGGUGAACAACAAUUCCAAUUCAUUGCUUUCUCCAGAAGGACAGGAAGUGGUUGAAGAGGACUUGGCUGAGGGAAGAGUGAAUCUCAAGGAAAUGGGCACAUCGCUGCAUGUGGUUGAGCCAAGCGCGAAGCAGCCAGGUCCACAGACCAUGUUCUGGCAAGUGAUGCAAGAAGAGGAUGGGGACACGGAUUCCUUGGAGGGGCUUUUAGUUCCCAAGGCUGACCUCGUUCUCCAUCCAGAAGAAGAAGAAGAAGAAGAGGAAGAGGCGGAGGAGCAGAUGUUCAUCCAGUUUCCUAUAGAAAAUGAACAUCUUCCAGGCCAAGAUUUAGGUGAGCAGAAGGGCAGUCGGAUCAAGAUGGAGGCCUCCCAGGGUGCAGCGACGGGGACGUUGACAGGACUAUUUCAGUGGCAUAAUCCCGCGACGACCACGGCCGUUUGUGAGCAAAGACGUGGUGAGACGAAGAGUCGGAUCAAGAUGGAGAACCCUCAGCAAGGAAAAGCUGGGACUUUAAUAGGAUUAUGUCGGUGGAACAAUCCUGCAAACGCAACCGUUCAAGAGCAGAGAUGUGAGUCCAAAGGGCAGGCGGGAAAGAGGAUGGUGGUAGAGGAGGAUGAAGACAGGGAAACAGUAGAAAGCUUUACAACACCUUGUAGCAAAGCCUCCACCCUCCCUUUUGGGGCAGAAAAGCCCAUAAACACCCCAUUCAAUGGAAACUACAACUUUGGGCUUUUAAUGGCACUGCCUGUAGAAGAGCAUCCACAAUUGGAGGCAAACGCCCAACCCAUCAAUGUCCAUCGCAAAUGCCAGAGAGGGGAGAAACCUUUCGAAUGUCCCAGCUGCGAGAAAUGCUUCUGGCAGAGAGAAAAUCUAAUGCGCCACCUGAAAAUGCACACUGGAGGGAAAGCGCAUGAAUACCCUCAAGGAGGAAAGGCUUUCCGUCAUCGGGAUAAUUUGUUGAGGCGGAUUCAGGCUGGAAAGAGACUCUGCGAAUGCCCCGAGUGUGGGAAAAAUUUCCCAUCCAGAGGGACGCUGAUACGGCAUGUGCGGAUCCACACCGGAGAGCGGCCCUUUGAAUGCUUGCAGUGUGGCCAGUUCUUCACCCAGAGAGCGCAUCUGAUGCGGCACCAGAGGAUCCACACGGGAGAGAAGCCCCACGCCUGCCUCGAAUGUGACAGGAGCUUCUCCCGGAGCGACGAGUUGGUCCGGCACCAAAGGACUCACGAACGUGAGGCGCGUCAUAGUUGCGCAGUCUGCGGAAAAGGCUUUAGCCACAAGGCCACGCUGGCCAGCCACCAAAGAAGCCAUGAUGAACAUUAGCUCUCGCCACAAUGAAUAUGAAUUCUGCAAGAGACAGGACUGUUGUGUGUUUUCCGGGCAGUAUGGCCAUGUUUCAGAAGUAUUCUCUCCUGACAUUUCGCCCACAUCUAUGGCAGGCAUCCUCAGAAAUUGUGAGGUUUGUUGGAAACUGGGCAACCUCUGAGGAUGCCUGCCAUAGAUCACAACCUCUGAGGAUACCUGCCAUAGAUGUGGGCGAAACGUCAGGAGAGGAUACUUCUGGAACAUGGCCAUACAGCCCCAAAAACACACAACAACCCUGUGAUCCCGGCCAUGAAAGCCUUUGACAACACAUCUGCAAGACUUUAAAAUGUUCCACCAGCUGCUUUUGUUGUUUGGGACCACAUCCACAGAAACACUACUGUCAGCUAGGAAAGAAAUGGAGUUGGCUCUCCGUAUCCAUGGAUUUGGCAUCCACAGUUUGGAAACAUUCCAAAAAAGUCCUGAAAGCAAACAUUGAUUUUGCCACUCGUAUCAUUCCUGCACCAUUGUAUAUAUUAGGACUUGAGCAUCCAUGGAUUGCAGACUGAAGGAAUCCCACUGGAGCAUUGCAGCACAUCAACAUACCUUGGAGUUACUCUGAACCGUGCAGUGACUUAUAAGAAUCACUGCUUGAGUAUUAAGAAAAAAGUGGGUGUCAGAAAUAAUAUUAUAUGAAAGCUGACUGGCACAACCUGGGGAUCAUAACAAAAUGCAGUGAAGACAUCUGUCCUUGCGCUUUGCUACUCUGCUGCUGAAUAUACAUGCCCAGUGUGGAAUACAUCUCAUCACAUUAAAACACUGGAUGUGGUUCUUAAUGACACAUGCCGCAUUAUCACAGGAUGUCUAUGCCCCACACCACUGGAGAAAUUAUACUGUUUAGCACCACCUGACAUCUGUCGGGAAGUAGCUGCCAGUAAUGAAAGGACAAAGGCAUUGACAUCUCUGUCCCAUCCCCUGCAGCAAGCCAAAGACUCAAAUCAAGAAACAGCUUCCUAAGAUCCACAGAGAUACUUGCAGGAACACCUCAGCAAGCGAGAGCCCAAAAGAGGUAGGCUAAAACCCAGAACCUCAAUCCAUGUAUGAUAAACUCCCUCCUGGGCACACAGAAGACUGGGUGACUUGGAAGGCACUGAACAUACUGUUCUCUGGCACCACGAGGUGCAGAGCCAAUCUUAAGAAAUGGGGCCACAAAGUGGAGACCACAACAUGCGAGGGUGGCGAAGAGUAAACCACAAACCACUCACUACAACGCAGCCUGAGCCCUGCCACAUGCACAAUGGAGGAUCUUCUAACAGCGACACCAGAGGCACUCCAAGUGGCCGAUUUCUAAUCAAAGGACAUUUAUUAUAAUGCCAAGUUUUUAACUUUGUUGGUGUUUUUAAAUAUAUUAUUACUGUAUCGUCAAUUCACUUCUGACACGAUAAAUAAAUAAUUGUCCAUAGAUUUUGGUAUACAUUGGGGUCCUGACACAAAGGGACCACCAUCAGAAAAACAUUACAGAUGUUUCACCAAACAAAGUUCCAUUGUGUAACCCACAUCCAUAAAUAUUUUAAAAGAGGAAAAGAUUUUCCCCUCCUGUUUUACAUUAUGUGGCAUUUUUGAUGCUCUGCAAAAAUUUUAAAACCUGAUCCUAGAUAUGUCAACUCCUGCUGAGUUUUGUGGAGCUUAGAUUGCAUCUACACUGGGAAUUCAAUACAAUUUGACUCCACUUUAACUUCCACGACUCAAUACUGUGGAACCCUGGGAGUUGGAGUUUGGUGAGGUACCAGCAGUCUACAUCAGAAAAGAUGAAACAUCUUGUAGAACAACUCCCAGGAUCCCAUAGCAUUGAGCCAUGGCUGCUGAACUGGUGUCAGACUACAUCAGUGGUUCUCAACCUGUGGGUCCCCAGGUGUUUUGGCCUACAAGUCCCAGAAAUCCCAGUUUACCAGCUGUUGGAUUUCUGGGAGUUGAAGGCCAAAACAUCUGGGGACCCACAGGUUGAGAACCACUGGACUACAUUAAUUCCACAAUGUAGAUGCACUCCAAUUCUCUCUGGAGAAAAUACAGAUUGUAGCUUUAUUCACUUUGUCUCAUCUGCAGACUAUUGUGCCUAAAGUUUGGAAAAGUGACUGCCUUGACUAAAACUGGCACACUCCUCCAUUGGCCAUUGUGGGAUUGACAGCUGUAAUUCAGAAGGCACGUUUUCCAAUUUUGUAUGUUAAACAGCUAAAUUCUGUGUGUUUGCCAUAGACAUUAUUCAGAGAUGUCCUAUAUAGAACAGGCAUGGGCAAACUUCAGCCCUCCAGAUGUUUUGGACUUCAACUCCCACAAUUCCUAAUAGUCAAAUUGUGGGUGUUGGAGUCCAAAACACCUGGAGGGCCAAAGUUUGCCCAUGCCUGUUCUAUAUCUAGUCUAAUGCAUUAGACAUACUUUUCUUGCAGCAAAUUGGCUGGUAUUGUGAUCUAUGUGGUUUUAGUACACAAGUAGACCUCCCAGUCUGCAUCUACAUUGUGAAAAUACAGUAGAGUCUUGCUUAUCCAACAUAAACAGCCCAGCAGAACAUUGGAUAAGCAAAAAUAUUAGAUAAUAAGGAGAGAUUAGGAGCCCCUGGUGGUGUAGUGUGUUAAAGCGCUGAGCUGCUGAACUUGCGGACCAAAAGGUUGCAGGUUCGAAUCUGGGGAGCAGAGUGAGCUGCUGUUGUUAGCCCCAGCUCCUGCCAACCUAGCAGUUUGAAAACAUGCAAAUGUGAGUAGAUCAAUAGGUACUGCUCCGGUGGGAAGGUAACAGUGCUCCAUGCAGUCAUGCCGACCACAUGACCUUGGAGUUGUCUAUGGACAAUGCCAGCUCUUCGGCUUAGAAAUGGAAAUGAACACCAACCCCCAGAGUCAGAUACGACUGGACUUAACGUCAAGGGAAAACCUUUACCUUUUCCUAAGGAGGGAUUAAGGAAAAGCCUAUUAAAUGUCAAAUUGCGUUAUGAUUUUACAAAUUAAGCAACAAAACAUCAUGUUUAAUAAGUUGACAGAAAAAGUAGUUCAAUACACGGUAACAUUAUGCAGCAAUUACUGUAUUUAGGAAUUUAGCACCAAAAUAUCGCAAUGUAUUGAAAAUAUUGACUACAAAAACAUUGACUACUAAAAAAUUGACUACAAAUAAAGAUAUAGUUGCACAAAAUGAAGUUAUAGUAACAACGUUGUCGGAAGUUAAAUCCGUAAAAAGUUCAGUCCUGUGAAGAUUUUUAAAAAUCUGAUCCCUGCCUGCCUAGAGAAAUAGUUGUGGAUCCAGGCGGGAGGCAGACUGAGUUGCAUAAUACAGAAUGUUGGAUGAGCGAAGGUUGCAUAAGCGAGACUCUAGUGCAGUUUGCAUCACUUUAACUGCUUUGGCUCAAGACUAUGGAAUUCUGAAAGUUGUAGUUUGGUGAAGCAUCUGAACUCUUGGGCAGAGAAGACCUUGCAAAACUGCAGAUCCCAAUAGUCCAUAACUUUAUUAGAGUGGUGUCAAACUGCAUUAAUUGCACAGUGUGGAUGCAGCCUCGGUGUAUGAAAGACCUGCAAAAUAAGCUCAUGUAGGCGAUACCCUUCAGCAUAUUGUUAAGAACAUAUUUUGAUAACAAUUGAAGUGUGUUCAGGGGAUGAAUCACAGCACAACUGUACAUCUACACUGUAGGUUUAAUGCAGUUUAAAACCCCUUUCACUUCCAUGGCUGCAUGCUGUCGAAUCAUGGGAGUUGUAGUUUGGUGAGGCUGAAGACUUUGUGAAACUGCCACUGCAAGAAAUAAAUAAUAAUAAUCAUCAUCAUCAUCAUCAUAUAAUAAAGUAAAUAAAGAACAACACUCAGAAGACAGGGGAAUUCCAAACAAGAAACAGUCAGGGCCAGUUAACAUGUCCCAACAAAGGAUUCAACCAGGCAGAAAGCAGCCAGGCUUUGACACUGUAAAGCCAAUUGUAACAAUCACACUUGCCACAGCCAAACUAGAGUUCUUUCUCCCACCCUGGACCUUCCACAGGUAUAUAUAAACCCCACUUACAUAGUUUCCAACAGACCUCACAACCUCUGUGGAUGCCUGCCAUAGAUGUGGGUGAAACGUCAGGAAAGAAUGCUUCUGGAACAUGGCCAAUACAGCCAGGAAAACUCACAGCAACCCAUAGUAAGAAUUGUUAAUAUUUUUUACCUUCUCUCCCCAUGGUUCAAGACAAUAACAACAACAUCAGCACUGUAACAUCAGUUUACUAGAACAUAUGACAUCAUAUGGCUGGAUGGCCAUCUGUCAGGAGUGCUUUGAUUGUGCCUUGGCAGAAUAGGAUUGGAUUGGAUGGCCUGAAAACUUAAUUGGCAGACAGUGAUUUUAGUUUUGUCAUAAUAAUAUGGUUCCCUUCUAAAUAUACAAGUGACAUGUUCUGAACUAAUUCAAGUUCCCGAACUUGACUCUGAACAUUGUAACAGCAGUUCAAUGCAGUCAAAGGGUUAACACCAUUGAGAGUAAUUUCCUAGAACGAAGAAGCAAUAGUGGAAAAGCACUGCAGGAAGCCGGAGGAGGCUUAUUUUCUCUUGGGGGCGGAGCUUAGUGGAUUUGCGUAAUCCUAAAGGGGAACUGGUCUCAAUGAAGUUCAGACCAACACUUCCGGUAGUGAAUUGCACAGUCUUUCAUUGAAUAUAGAGAUCCAUUCCCAAAUAGUUUUUGUAAAUGUCUUUUUUGUUGUUGUUGUGCGCAUUCACUUGAUAACUUUUGCUUGCAGUUUUGCUUUGUAUGCUUAAAUACUCAAAUGUAAUGGUAGAAAUUUGGUGAAAGAUAAAUAUUAUUGGUAGGUAAAACCUCUUUUUUUGGGGGGGGGGGGUCUUGUAACAAAAAUAAAUUACAGGUUGAGUAUCCUUUAUCCAAAAGUGUUUGGGGUUUUGGAUUUGUUUAUUUGUUCGAUUUUGGAACUACAUUUAUCCGGCAUCUACCCAUGGGUGCCGGUUAACUGAGUCUACUGUAAUAAUGUUCUGCUAGUCGUACAGUGUCAUCUGCAUAUCUUCAAUUGGUGAUCGUCCUCCAGUUUUCAAAUCUCCUCUUUCUGAAUCUAAUACUGCCUUAAGUAUAAUAGUUGAAUUUUAAACAGGGAGAAAUAUAGGGCACUAUACGUUGGCAACAAAAAAGAAAUGUACAUACAUAGGAUGGGAGUCAGCUGCCUUGGAAAAACUCCAUGUGAAGGGGAUCAAUGUAUAGGUCUUAAUGGAUCCCAAGCUGAAUAUGAGCAAAAAGUGCGAUGUGGCAGCUUAAAAAGCCAAUAUGAUUCUAGACUGCAUAAAUAGGAGUUUAGGGUCUAGAGCAGGUAUGGGCAAAAUUCGGUCCUCCAGGUGUUUUGGACUUCAACUCCCACAAUUCCUAAUAGCCGGUUAUUAUUAUUUUAUUGUAUAACACAGCAAACAAGAUAGAUAUGUUGGAUUUCGUAUCACAAAAUCACAAGUCAAACACUUCCCAAGUGUCUAGGACUGUGUGAUGUAUUUUCGGAUGAUGCAUGCAGAUCCCAGUAGGGUGGCCUUUUGCAGUUGGCAGAUCAUAAUUUUGUCAAUGUCUAUUGUUUCCAAAUGCCGGCUGCGAUCUUUUGGCACAGCACCUAGUGUGCCCAUCACCACCGGGACCACCUGCACUGCUUUCUGCCAGAGUCUUUGAAGUUCAAUCUUGAGGUCCUGAUAGCGGCUGAGUUUUUCCUGUUGUUUUUCAUCAAUGCGACUGUCACCUGAGAUGGCAACAUCAAUGAUCCAAACCUUUUUCUUUUCCACAACUGUGGAAAAUUAUAUAUAUAUAUAUAAAACAACAACAACAACAACAACAACAACAACAACAAUUCCAAUAAUAGGGAACAGUGGAAUAGGGCUGCUGCCUGGGAGUGCAUUGGAAUCUCCUUCCUUCUCUGAGGCUUUUAAGCCAAGGUUGAAUGGACAUCUGUCUGGAAUGCUUUAAUGGUAUCUUCCUAAGGUGGUUGAGGUUCUCUUCCAACUCUCUAUUGAUUUGUUGUGUCAAAAGUGAAUUGAGAAUAUGGUUAUAAUGUAUAGGAAAACCACAAAGUUAAAAACUUGGCAUUAUACUAGAUUUCCUUUGACCAGAAGCUGGCCACUUGGGGUGCCUCUGGUGCUGCUAUAAGGAUGUCCUCCAAUGUGCAUGUGGCAGGGCUCAGGCUGCAUUGUAGUAGGUGGUCUGUGGUUUCCUCUUCACCACACCCGCAUGUCGUGGACUCCACUUUGUAGCCCCAUUUCUUAAGGUUGGCUCUGCAUCUCAUGGUGCCAGAGCGCAGUCUGUUCAGCACUUUCUGUGUGCCCAGGAGGGAGCUUCUCAUCCGCUCUUAGCCACUGAUUGAAGUUCCGGAUUUUAGCCUGCCACUUUUGGACUCUCGCUUGCUGAGGUGUUCCUGCGAGUAUCUCUGUAGAUCUUAGGAAGCUAUUUCUUGAUUUAAGGCAGUGUGGUCCAACCUUUAGUUACCCAAGGGCCAAUUAAACUUUAGUAUGGGAAUGUGAGGGCCAGAGACAUUCCAAAAAGAAAACAAAUUCUUACAAACUUAAAGCAGUAAGAAGGGUAAACGAUUUUUUCCCCAAAUAUUAAAUUAAAAUAUUUUUCCAGUAAGAAGGGCAAGCGCCAACAAAAAUGAAUUGGUGGGCUGCAUGUAGCCCACUGCACAUGGGUCGAACCACGUGGAUUGAAGGCAUUGGCAUGCUGGCUGAUAUGCAAACAGAGGGUGGGCUGGAGAUGUCACUGCCUUGGUCCUUUCAUUACAGGCUACUACUUCCCAACUGAUGGCAGUACUGGCUAAACAGUAUAAUUUCUUCAGCAGUGUUGGGAGUCAACAUCUUGUGAUAAUGCGGCAUGUCUCAUUAAGAGCCACAUCCACUGUUUUAAGGUGGUGAGAUGUUUCCACACUGGGCAUGCAUAUUCAGCAGUAGAGUAGCAAAGGCAGAUGUCUUCACUGUAUCUAGUUGUGAUCCCCAGGUUGUGCAAGUCAGCUUUCGUAUGAUAUUAUUUCUAGCACCCACUUUUUGCUUGAUAUUCAAGCAAUGCUUCUUGUAGGUCAGACCACGGUCCAGGGUGACUCAAUGUCCAGUGGGUUUCCUUCCUAGGUCAUCCUCAGAGCUCAAAAUGCUUGUCUGUUCUUAGGAUGAAAAGCACAUGUCUGUGUUUUAGAUAGAUUCUCUCUGAUUCAGCCAAAGGCAUGAACGAAAGCAAAGAGAGCCAGAUCAGGUUCGGCUUUGAUGAUCUGAGGUUGCGGUUGUAGGGUGGCUGGUAUCAACAAUGCUUUUUACAUAAGCAUAGAAUAAUGCCCCAUACCCAUGGCAGCUGGAUAGGGACAGAAGGAACACACAGGUGUGAUCGAGGUGACCUCCCCUCCAGGACUUUGUAAAAGAUAGUUCAAAAAUCAAGACUUUAUGUUCUAUAUUCCAUAUAUUUAUAGUAGAAGGUGAUUGGGACUUUUUACUGGAGUUUACUGUGGAUUAUCCCUGCACUCUGAGGCAAGAGAUAACAACUUCAUGGAUUGUGAAAUCAUGUUGCUUGAACCCCACUUCUAUGUUGAAUUCCCCAGAUGUUGUGAACUUCGUUCUGAUCAAAUGUUUCCUGUCCGGUCACCGCAUUGUUUCUAUAGCUCCCGCCUCCUCCUCUCUGAUUGGCCCGAGGGGGGACAAAAAACGGCUCCCCAUUGGGCCAGCAGGGCAAGGCGGGAAACGAAAGCCCGCCUCGUUCCAACUCUCAGCCUAUCCGCGAUCAGAUGGGCAGGGAAGCGGGGCGGGAAAUUCAAAGGGCUGUCAGACCGAAACAUUGUAUAAAUAUGACUUUAUUUGAAACAUAUGUUACGCUAGUAGAUUGAAUGAUCACUAUUAGCGUCCUUUUCAGCUGAAUUGCUCAAUAAAACCUCCUUGGCGGAUUUUCCUUCAACUUGGCGGACCUUCUUCAUUUCAGGCUUCAGGUUGUAUUGCGGCUUAUAUUCUUCUUUUGGCUUCGCCAAGGUCCGUUCCCUCAGGACCGGGUCGGCUCCCUCCUUAAGGGGCCCGAUCCCCCAAACGCGGUCGAUAACAUAAUUUGGCGACCACGAAGGGACUUGCUUGGAAGUUCCAAAGAUCAAUUUCUAGGCUAAAAUUCCAAGCGGCGACCUUGGUCCAGAUAUUCUGGGACAGGUUGGGGAGAGAAACGGCUGCAAGGAGGGCCCUCCGACCAACAAUUUGACCUCAUUUCACAUCCAAAUUUCUCUGGCAGCCCCUUUCUCUCUCUAGAUCUGAUUCAGGGUACUGAACAAAGGAGCCAGAUAGGAGGAAGCAGAUUUUUAGCUCCUCGAAGGAAAGGCGCCAACGUGAAACAGGGGACGCCCUGUAAAAAAAUAAAAGGGAACCGGCCCCGUUGUUAAGACCCAGGUGGGCGGAGUUCUGGAGGUAUUGCACUUCGGAUCAGGGCUCGGUAACAAAUUCCUGGUGAAACGCGGGAACAUCUGGCGCCCGGUGGUGUGUGAGAACAGUCUGGCUUGUAAGAUUACAGGUUCUAGGAUCGUGGGGUAGGGGAACGAUUGUGUUCCCGGGGCACCUGCGGAUCCCACGAACGCCAGCCAUUCAGCCUUGGUGUAGGGAGAACUCUUGAAAGGACGAGUUGCAUCCAGCCGGUGGGUGAGUCGUUACUCCAUUAACUGUCAGGUACUGGGCAGGGGCUGAGCCAAGGAUGGGUGUUUGUUCAAGCACGUCUAGGGUGUCCCACCCCAGCAGACAUCCCCAGGGAUUCUCCAUUGGGAAAGAUCCUGGCCAAUUGGGGUGGGCUUUGCAUCGAAAAACAUGGUGCAGGCCAGGUUGGGCUAACUCAGAGCACAUAAGUGGCCCCUUGUGGCCCUUGAAGGGGGAACAGCUUGCCCCCCCCCCCUUUUGCUCGAGUCGCCGAAUUCGGAGUGUUGACCUAAGGUGACUCGCCAGGGGGAGGGCAAGUGGUCCCAACUUGCUUAUGCUGCAAUGUUCAUGGCCCUAAGCCAGGGAGAGAAUCGGAGGGGGGGAGGGGGGCCCACGUCUUCCCAUGCAGAGAUUUGGGCUCCAAAAACAGCCCCCCAAAGAUUCCCCCCUAGACCCUUUUCCCCUUACCCCCUCCUCCAGAGGAUUUUCUGGACACAUUUGCUUGCCUUCUCCCCACCCCAUCAGCCCCCUCCUCCAAUCCCCAUCCCCACCUUUUCUCCUCACCCUGAGUCCUACACUGAUCCAGGACUCCCAAAUUGGCCUUCCAAGGGAACCCUUACUUCAGGGAUCCCCCCCCCCCCAAGAAAUUCCCCUCCAGAGAGUUCAGCCCAGUCUAACGUGAAGGAGGGCUCCCAGCCCCCUCCCCUCUCACCCCGAAACACACCUGAUCCAAAACACUGUUCACACUCUCUCAGCCCCCAUCCCAGCCGUUCCUUUGAAGCCUGAUGCCCCCCCCCCCAAAUUGUAUCUGCCCCUGCCACUCAACUCCUGCCACAUUCUGAGUUUUCCUCAGAUGGGAAGAAUCGCCCCACCAUCCCCCUCCUUCUCUUGCCCCCACCAGGCUCUCUCUCUCUCUCUCUCUCUCUCUCUCUCUCUCUCUCUCUCUCUCUGCGCUCAUUCCUCUCUUGGAGAGACAGGAGAAGGAGGGGCCGCGGGGAGAUUGUGCAAAGAGGACAUUUUUUUCCUCUUCCUGUUUUUGGAGGGGCAAAGGGGGGAGAAGAUUCAGUCCUGAAGCCUGCCACCAAGAUCUAUAGUUCUCCAAGGAUUGCUUCCUUCUUUCAAAUCAAAUCUUCUCCAACUUGAUAUUCUGCCUUGCCUACCCUCAAAUUGUACCUUUUUUUCUUUUCUCUCUCUUUCUCUUCCCCGGCCUGAGUGAAAAUCUCUCUCUCUCCCUCAAAUCUCAAAUCCAUUUCUCCUCUCCUUCCUCUCUUCUCACCUUUAAAAAUCCCUUAUUUCCCUUUGUUCCCAUUUUCUAGACACUAUCCAUAAGAUUUUACCUCAGUGUUGUCUUAUAUUUCCUUUGGUCCUUACAAAAAGGGGGAGGGGGGCAUUCCUUUAGCCGCUUCUGUUUCUUAACUUCCCCUUUUCUUUCUCUCCCAUCUGGGAAGCAUGGCAAAGGAUUUGGGUGGGGGAGGGGGACUCCCAGAAAAGUGUUGGUUAAAUUUUGUGUGUUUAUGUAAUGUGUGGGCUGUAAACUCUUCUCUACUCAUCCCUUUGCCUUAAAAGCCACCAGUGAUAUAUAGUUUUCUGGGAAGGAGGGCUGGAAUGGACUAGCUUAGUGCUAUGCUCUCUCUCUCUCCCUUUUCUUCUGUGCCAUCUCACCUCCCUAUUUUCAAAGGUUCAAGCCCUAAUAUUUUGUGAGACCCCCCCCCAGAGAAAACCUGCUGCUUCUGUGGUUUUAACUUUUUCUUGUCUCUCUCUCCUCAAGCCUCCCUUAUCUUAGAGAGAAAAGGGGGGGGGAUGGAAGAAUUGAUGUAUUUUUCUAUAUGUGAGUUUUUUUUUCUCUCUCUCUCUCUCUCUUCCACUUCAUGUUUUCCUAGGCCGAAAUGCACUUCAACAUUCUCCUUUUUCAAAGUUCCCCCCCCCUUCCUUCCCAGCAUCCCCAUUUCUCCUUAUAAACAUUCAGUCAAAAUCCUGGUUUACUUUUAUAGUGAAGGCACUCUUUCACUCUCCACUGUUCCCCAACAAUCUCCUUUCUUCCUUUCGGGUCCUUCUCCCUCCCUUUCCCUGAGUGCAUGCGUGUGAAUGUUUUAAAAAAUCCCUCUAACUGCCUUUAAUUAUGAGGGGGGGCAGUACAGAGUCCAGGGGACCUUCCAGGCACAGCUGAAGAGAUCCAGAGGACCGGACCCAACCACCUGACUGAGGACAUCAGACCAGACUGCAAGACCCAUAAUCCAUACCUGCCACCAUGAACAGUUCUAAGACCUGGGUAGGGGCUCUCGGAGUGCGCUGUGGAUUUCAUGCAGCAGCUAGAACUCAGAGGCCAUUGGAGAUGGUCCUGUGAGGGUAAGCCCGGACCCCCAGUCACCCAGAAGAGACAGCCCCACCUGUGGCUGAUCUGAGACCCCCACGGGGGAAGCAGCCCCAUCUGCCUGGCUCAGGGGCUAGAGACUAAGACACUGCUGAAAGGAUUCUUGCACAUGGCAGGCUUUUAUGGCCAGACCACCGUAUGGUGCCCUCCAGCUGGCCUGGUUCUGCCCUGGCAAAGGGCUACUGAGUGCAGGUCUGCCUUUGACGCUGCCAAGGAGGCCCUCAUGACAUCACCAGGGGACAGAAUUGGCCGCCAUGGCAGAAGAUGUCCCAGAAGAAAUGAACAGGAUUCUACCAGUGACCACCAUGAGGGAAGGAUGUUCCACUUUCACCAGAGCUGUGCCAAAGAAGGACCCCAGGACUGCUGGAGCCCUCACAAGGUAUGAGUGACUUCCCUGACUAACCCCACCACGGGAGGGAGGGGGGCUUAUAAUCUGUCCUUAGUUUCCCUAGGCACUCUCUCCUUUCCGUCUCCUCUGUUGGAGUGCUGGACCUGCCUGCAGUCACCAGGAGGCGCCGUGCUGUGAGGCGCAGAAGCUGUGCCCAGUUGCCCCCAGCUGCACCCCAACUACAAAGGGGGGCCCAAGCUGCAGCCAAGAAAAGGCAGCCAAAUGGGAGUACUGCAUCACAGCCUCCAUCAUCCCCAGCCCUCACCACCUCCACCUUCAUGCUCCAUUUCCCAUGACUCCAGACCAAGGGACAUCUGUUUCAACACCAUGGGAUCACCCACCACUGACUGAACCUCAGCUUUCACCUCUUCAAGCUCCUGCCCUCCAACAAAAAGGCACAAUCUGAUCUACCAAGGCAGAGGCCCUGCAUGCAGUGAAAUGUCGGGGCUUUGGGAAAUGUUCAUAGCCAUUUCCAAGCCCCGAAGGGGGGAAAAUGUGAUCGAGGUGACCUCCCCUCCAGGACUUUGUAAAAGAUAGUUCAAAAAUCAAGACUUUAUGUUCUAUAUUCCAUAUAUUUAUAGUAGAAGGUGAUUGGGACUUUUUACUGGAGUUUACUGUGGAUUAUCCCUGCACUCUGAGGCAAGAGAUAACAACUUCAUGGAUUGUGAAAUCAUGUUGCUUGAACCCCACUUCUAUGUUGAAUUCCCCAGAUGUUGUGAACUUCGUUCUGAUCAAAUGUUUCCUGUCCGGUCACCGCAUUGUUUCUAUAGCUCCCGCCUCCUCCUCUCUGAUUGGCCCGAGGGGGGACAAAAAACGGCUCCCCAUUGGGCCAGCAGGGCAAGGCGGGAAACGAAAGCCCGCCUCGUUCCAACUCUCAGCCUAUCCGCGAUCAGAUGGGCAGGGAAGCGGGGCGGGAAAUUCAAAGGGCUGUCAGACCGAAACAUUGUAUAAAUAUGACUUUAUUUGAAACAUAUGUUACGCUAGUAGAUUGAAUGAUCACUAUUAGCGUCCUUUUCAGCUGAAUUGCUCAAUAAAACCUCCUUGGCGGAUUUUCCUUCAA